AUGUCUGUGAAGGUAGCAGACUUGCACCAAACGAUCGCGCAUGUUGAGGCAGCUGUUCAACUAAAGGAUACGCAAUUGGAAGGCUUGCAACGGGAUAACGAACGGUUAUCAUCAGAAUUGAAAAAGCAACAGAGAUGCAACAGAAAUCUAAAACAACAGUUGGACGAUGAAAGAUUCUUUUACCAAAAAGAAAAGGAGCACUUUUGCGAAGAGAUGCAGAAUCACAAAACGUGUAAGCGUACGGACGCCGGCUCGACAAGGUCUUUGCAGCAGCAGAAAAAAGAGUUCGAAAAGAUCCAAGAAGCUCUGGAGGAAGAAAACAAGCAACUGAGAGAGGAGCUUGUUGAGAAGAGCGAAACGACGUACAAUCUUUGCAUCAAAUUUCUACGCAUGAAGCAUGCCAAGGAUUCGUUGAGGCAGAAACUCGAUCAACUUCUGAGAGAGCACUUACAGGUGAUGGCCGAAAUGAUGGAAAAACUGGACGAGGCACGGGAAGAGCUGAACAUCAUAGUAUCCGAAAAAUUUCAAGAGCCUGUACAUCUCAGCAAAGCCAAAUUCUUACAGGUUGUUCAAAGAAACAGCCGAUUAGUUCAUGAGAACGCGGCGUUGAAGUUACAGUCUCAUCAGCUCACCCAGAAUAUCGAAAAAAUAAAAAGUGAGGCGCAAAAGACGCGAACGAUAAACGUCGAUGCAAGAACAAUAGAAAAGUUGGCUAUGCAAGGGAAGAGGAGACGGAAGGAAGAGACCGUCAGGUCUUUGUCCACGAAAACGGUAUCCAGGAAGACGGAAAAAUUGGGAACUUCACUUUCGUCUUUGAGUACGUCUUGCGGUGGUCCAUUGGUUGACAGUUCAGGGGAUGCAAAAGCCCCAAUGAAAUACCAGAACAAACGCGCUACAUUUGAUAUUCCGGAAGUGGACGAGCCUCCGGAAAAGCGAGUAGAACGUCGCACCGAACGAACACAGAGCGCACCAGAAAUUGUGCAAACCGUGACCUUUAAGCAGGAUCUUGCUUCUGGCAACGGAUCCGAGUACACCAAUCUUACUCAGCGUAGUGUCGAAGUUCGGGACAUGUAUACGAACACAUGA